AUGAGUGAAUCAGCCUCAAUGAAAUUAUUUAAGAAAACUUGUGCUCAAGUCAAAAAGAGUUUCACGAGUUAUAAAAAUUUGGGUGCUGAAAGAAAAUCCAAGAGUUAUUUGCAUGUUCGAUUGAGUGUUUUAGAUGAUAACUAUAAGAAAAUUAGUAGUCUUUUCGAUGACAUUCAGAAAUCAGAUGAAAGCGAAGAUGUAGCGGAUAAGUGUGAAGAAUUAUAUGAUUUCAUUGUCGAAAUGUGUCUCUGUUAUAAAUCAGACAUUCUAAACGAUUUAGAAGAAUUGGUGAAGUUAGAUGGUGGUCAAUCUAGUGAAGCCACUAGAAAGGUAGAAAGGAAUGAUGAAUCUCAUUUUAAUAGUACUAUGAAAACACCACAUGUACAUGAGAUUAAGCUUCCUCGUAUAACUCCUCCAACCUUUUAUGGAGAUUACAAUACUUGGCGUCCUUUCCAUGACCUUUUUGUGUCAUUGAUACACAACAAUUCUUCUUUAUCGAAUAUCGAGAAAUUGACAUAUUUAAAAUCAUGUUUAAAGGGUAAUGCUGCAUCAUUAUUAGACUAUUUAGAGGUUAAUAAUGAUAAUUAUGAUGAGGCUUGGGAAAUUUUGACAACACGCUACGACCACAAAAGAAUUUUAGUCAACUCACAGUUAAAAUCAUUUUUUGAGCAGCCAAUAAUUAAGGUUGAAACGUCAGAUUCCAUCAAGUGUCUGUUAGAUAAAUCGAAAGAAGUGCUUCAUGCUUUGAAGAACUUAGGUGUGCCAGUAGAAAGUUGGGAUGUUUUCGUGAUUUUCACAUUGCUACAAAAACUACCUAUAAAAACACAACAGUUAUGGGAAGAAAAGCUUGGAUUAACAAAGGAGCUACCUUCUUUCCAUGAAUUUUCAGUUUUUUUGGAAACUCGUUUUCGUUCUUUAGAAGUUGUUUGCCAAUCAGGGUUGAAGUCACUAGAUUCCACUAGUAAGGAACCAUCUAAAUUCAAACCAAGAGUAUUUCACUUGAAUUCUACAAGGAAGGAUACUCGUAGUUGUGCAGUAUGUCAUCGCGGUCAGCAUACACUUCGCUCUUGUUACUCAUUUUUAGAUUUGGAUGUACCUGAAAGAAUGAAGAUAGUUAAACAAAUAGGAGUUUGUGAAAAUUGUUUGGCUUACAACCAUAAAACAUUCAAAUGUCCGAGUGAGAAACGAUGUUAUCACUGCAGACAGAAACAUCACUCACUUUUACACGAUUCUCAUUCUACUCAGCAGUCAUUUAACAAUCAACCUUCAUUUUCUCAAGAUUCACAGUUCAACAAUUCACAGCCGUCUAAUUCGCACAAUUCACAACCACAUCGUAGAAAUCCAAUACCAGUUUCAAAUCAAAAUAGCUAUCCAGUAUCAACACAAAUCAAUCCAAACGCUCCAGCAUUUCAUCCAGGUAGUGAUCAAGCUUCAUCAACGAACACCACUCGCAGUUAUCACCUCUCAAAUCAAGCGAAUUCUUUCGUUCUACUUGCCACAGCAGUAGUUCAGAUUCAGUCAUUGAACGGAGAGUUUGUGAAUUUGAGAGCGCUGAUAGAUCCAGGUUCAGAAGCAACAUUCAUCACCGAAGCAGCAGCACAACAACUUAAUUUAAGAAAAUGUCGUACCCUUGUCGAAGUCUCUGGAUUUGGAAAUAACAAAACAGAGUUUCUUCCACAUCAAUGGGCCCAUAUUCAGGGUUUGAGUUUAGCCGAUCCCUCAUUUCACAAACCUGCUAACGUUGACUUGCUAUUAGGUAGUGAUGUUUUUAGUGAAAUAGUUCUGCCGGAGAUAGUCAGGGGAACAGAAGCAGUUGCUCCAAUUGCUCAAAACACUCAACUUGGAUGGAUCGUCUUUGGUAAGGUACCUGUCGAAACAUUUCGGAUACACUUGCAGUUUGUCGACAUCGAUUCACAACUUCGCAAAUUUUGGGAAAUUGAAGAAACACCGUUCGAUGAACCUGAAGCUGCGGAAGACGCUGCUUAUGGAAGAUUUGAAGUUGCCUUACCAUUCAAGGACGGUGAUAGACCUGCACUUGGAAACAGUCAGCAAGGAGCCUUCAGAAGAUUUCUUCAACUCGAACGAAGACUCAACAACAAUCCAGAGUUACACAAACAAUAUGCAGCUUGCAUUUCCGAGUACCUUCAACUAAAUCACAUGGAAGAAGUAGAUGUCAGCCAAGGAAUUCUUAAUUCACCAUUCUAUUAUGUCGUGCCUCAUCAUGCUGUAUUUAAGGAGUCCAGUACCACAACGAAGUUGCGAGUAGUUUUUGAUGCUACCUUCAAAACUUCUGACGGAACGUCCUUGAACGAACAUCUUUUGGUUGGACCUAAGACACAAUUAAACAUUAUGGACAUCAUUUUAAAAUGGAGAACUUUUAAGAUUACCUUGACAGCGGACAUUGAAAAAAUGUACCGGCAAAUUCAAAUGAGAGACCAAGACACGCUUUAUCAGCUAAUUUAUUGGAGAAGUGACAACCAGAGUCCUUUGAAGCUGUAUCGUUUAAAAACAGUAACUUUUGGAACCGCAUCUGCUCCUUACUUGGCAACACGUACUUUGAAUAAGCUCGCUGAUGAUGAAAGGCAAAAUUAUCCAUUAGCAGCUGAUAUGAUAAGACAAGACAUGUACGUUGAUGAUUUAGUAAGCGGAGCAGACUCAAUUUACGAAGCUCAACAGAAAGUGACCGAAAUCAACCAACUCUUAUUAUCAGCUGGCUUCCAUCUUCGGAAAUGGGCCAGUAAUUUUGAAGAAGCUCUUGUGAACAUCGCUCAUCAAGACCGUGCAGUUGAUUUCAUGCUACCCUUUGAGUCAGCAGAACACAUCAAGACUCUUGGAAUCAAAUGGCUUCCUUACAGUGACUCCUUUUCUUUUCAGUGGACCAAAUCCGAAUCAGUAGAAGUCACCAAACGAGAAGUUCUUUCAACUAUUGCCAAACUUUUCGAUCCCCUUGGAUGGAUUUCACCAUGUGUGAUUUUGGCAAAAAUCAUUAUGCAAAAGUUAUGGGUGAAGGGUUUGGCAUGGGAUGCACCUGUUCCGCCAGAACUGCAGCGAGAAUGGUUAUCUCUACAAACACAACUACCAGUUCUUCAAGAUAUCAAAAUUCAACGUUGGAUGCAAACUGAAAAGAAUAAUUUAAAAGUAGAAUUACAUGGAUUCAGCGAUGCUUCAAUGAAGGCUUAUGGAGCUGUAGUUUAUUUACGGACCUUGGACAAAAAUAAUAAAAUUCACACCAACCUUGUUAUGUCGAAAACUAGAGUUGCACCACUCAAUACUAUAUCGCUUCCUCGACUUGAAUUAUGUGGUGCUGUGAUGUUAGCUCGACUUUUAAACUAUGUUCAAAAGGUCUUAAAAUUAAAUGAUGUCAAAACGUUUGCGUGGAUGGAUUCUAUGAUAACUUUAUGUUGGAUUGCUGCACCGCCAUCAAAAUGGAAAACAUUUGUUAGUAACAGAGUUGCCGAAAUACAGAGAUUAACAAAUGUCAACAUCUGGAAUCAUGUUCCUACAAAACAGAACCCAGCAGAUUUUGCGUCCAGAGGAGUUUCACCAUUGGAACUUAAAGACAACUGUCUUUGGUGGCGAGGACCAGACUACCUUCAAUCCGAUUGGAAGUUUUCGAGCCCAAGUUCAACAUCAUCGUUUGAAACAGAAGAAGAAAUGCGUCCAGAAAAAAUCCACCUGCAUUGCGUCGUUGAAACUGAAAAUGAAGUACAAAAAUUAAUUAACAAAAUUUCAGAUUUUAAACAACUCGUACGAACCAUUGCUUACUGCCGGAGGAUUGCAUUCUUUUUUGUUAAAAAAUUAUCACAAGACCAGUUAAAAAGCCCAAUUUCAACAACCGACAUUAGAAAUGCAACCUUUAAUUGCAUUAGAGUAGUACAGAGACAGCACUUUUCAGAAGUAUUCAAGGAUUUGACAAAGCAUCCAACAUCAGGUAAACAUUUUGGAUCAUUAAAUCCCUUUAUUGACAGUCAUGGAAUACUACGAGUAGGAGGACGUUUACAAAAUUCAAAUUUACAAUACGAACAGAAACAUCCAAUUAUUUUAAAAUCUAGCAAUCUCUUCACAGAACUUUUGAUUAGGGAGGCGCAUGAAAACACUUUCCAUGGUGGAAUACAGCAAACGAUCGCAUAUAUAAGGACAAAAUAUUGGAUUUUCAACCUAAAAACUAGUGUUAAAAAAUAUAUUCACCACUGUACUAUCUGUUUUCGUUUUGGAGCGAAACCGUUACAGCAAUUAAUGGGAAAUCUUCCAGCUCCCCGAGUAAGAAUCUCGCGACCAUUUACCCACACCGGGGUAGACUAUGCUGGACCGAUAGAUGUCAAAUCUUGGAAAGGCCGUGGAGGAAAAACGUUCAAAGGAUAUUUCUCCAUAUUUGUAUGUUUAGCAACCAAGGCAAUACACCUUGAAGCUGUCACCGAUAUGACAACUCAAACUUUUUUGGCAGCCUUUCGAAGAUUUACAGCACGUCGAGGUAUUUGCACAGAAAUCUACAGUGACUGUGGAAAAAACUUCGUAGGAGCGAAUUCCGAACUUCAAAAAAUGCUGAAGACCGCAAAUUUCGACUGGAAGCAAGUCCAAUUAGCAACAACCAACAUCGGAACAAAGUGGAAUUUUAUUCCUCCCGCUUCCCCGCACUUUGGAGGUCUAUGGGAAGCAGGAGUGAAAUCCGUUAAAUUUCACUUAAAGCGGAUCGUUAGAAACGAGACCCUUACAUUUGAGGAACUCAGCACACUUCUAACUCAAAUAGAAGCAUGUUUAAAUUCGAGGCCUCUAUGUCCUUUAUCCGACAACUUUGAAGACUUCGCCAUUUUAACACCAGCACACUUUCUAAUUGGAACAUCAAGUUUUCUUGUACCAGAAGCAGAUAUAAACGACGAAAAAAUUACUCAUCUAAAUAGAUGGAAUAAAAUGCAAGCAGCCGUCAACUCAUUCUGGAAGCAGUGGAGCGGAGAGUACUUAUCUCGAAUGCAACGUCGACCAAAAUGGUUACACCAACAGCCACAACCUCAAGUUGGAGAUUUAGUAUUGCUAAAAGAUGAACGCCUGCCACCAUCGCAAUGGGCUCUUGCACGUAUUACCUCACUAGUACAAGGAGCUGAUAAGCUUACUCGUGUCGUAACUAUAAAAACAAAAUCAGACGAAGAUGGAGUUGAGAACUAUGUUCACGCCGGGGAGGAAUGUUGAGCUAAGAAACAGAACGCCACCCACCAACUAGUCUUCAAUUUGAUUGUUUUUAUAAAGUUAUAUAAUUGUAAAUGUCAAAUUCAAAUUCUGCUUAUCAUGUUUCAUUUUUAUUGUUGUACCAUUAUGCCUAUUUUGUGACAAUAAUGUCAAGAAAAUAAAUCAUUCUUCUUUAUAACGUUGGAACGAAAA